UGUAAACUAUAGAUUUUCAGUAUUGGCAGUGAAUUUUGGCACGCAGCCGGUAUAUACUGUGCUGUGGAAUUGACGGUUGAUGGAAAACACGUGCUUUUAUAGUGAUUUUAUAUAUUAAAUAUAUAAAAAAAAAUAAUAAUAAAAUAUCUGCUUAUAAAAGAUUUCAUUAACAAAUAUGACUAAAAGGAAAUUUGAUGACGAGAACUACAUCACUCAAUCUGAUACAGAUGUCAAGAUAAUUGCUUCUCGUUUUAAAUCAGAAUCUGGUGAAAUUCUACCUGGUGGUCUAUUAGAAUUGCCAGUCAAUGUUACUGUAAAUAAACUACAAGAUAUUUGCAAUGCUCUGCUGCAGCAAGAGGAGUCAUUGCCUUUGGCCUUUUAUGUGAAUAAUGUAGAGGUCACAGAUACAUUGGAGAAAUUUGUAGACAAAAACUUUAAUGUUAGUGAAAAUGUUGUAGAGAUUGUAUAUCAACCACAAGCGGUAUUCAAAGUCAAAGCUGUUACAAGAUGCACUGGAUCUCUAGAAGGGCACAAAGAAGCGGUUAUAUCUGUUGCUUUUUCACCGGAUGGCAAGCAUCUAGCCAGUGGUUCUGGUGAUACAACAGUAAGGUUUUGGGAUAUCCAUACGCAAACACCACACUAUACAUGUGAGGGACACAAACAUUGGGUCUUGUGUAUUUCCUGGUCACCCUGUGGCUCUAAGCUUGCUUCUGCAUGUAAAAAUGGAUCAAUUUAUUUAUGGAAUCCUCAUACUGGCAAACAAAUAGGAAAAGCCAUGACAGGACACAAAAUGUGGGUGACAUCCUUAUGCUGGGAGCCUUAUCAUAAGAACCCAGAAUGCCUAUAUUUAGCUAGUGCAUCCAAGGAUUGUGAUAUACGUAUUUGGGACACAAAGAGGGCACAAACUUGUCGUGUUUUGUCUGGUCAUACAAAAAGUGUGACUUAUAUUAAAUGGGGUGGUAGUGGUCUAAUUUAUUCUGCCUCUCAAGACAGAACUGUCAAAGUAUGGAGAGCACAGGAUGGUGUAUUGUGUAGAACCUUGGAAGGCCAUGCUCAUUGGGUGAACACUUUAGCUUUAAAUGUUGAUUAUGUACUUAGGACUGGUCCUAUGCAAUUGGGAUCAAGUGCAAACGAUCCAUUGGAAUAUGCAAGAAUGCAAUAUGAAUCUAUAGGUGAAGAAAAACUUGUGUCUGGAUCUGAUGACUUCACAUUAUUUUUGUGGAAGCCGGAAAAAGACAAGAAACCUAUUGCAAGAAUGACGGGUCAUCAGCAACUUAUAAACGAUGUCAAAUUUGCGCCGAAUGGUCGUAUAAUUGCUUCUGCGUCCUUUGAUAAAUCUAUCAAAUUAUGGGAAUCUUCUACGGGGGCGUAUAUUGCUUCAUUAAGAGGUCACGUUCAGGCGAUUUAUUCACUAGCAUGGAGCGCCGAUUCUCGUUUGCUGGUCAGUGGCAGUGCAGAUUCAACUUUGAAAAUUUGGAGCAUAAAAACUAAAAAGUUAAGCCAAGAUUUACCUGGUCAUGCUGAUGAGAUAUAUGCUGUCGAUUGGUCACCGGAUGGUGUACGAGUCGCUUCAGGUGGAAAAGAUAAAGUAUUACGACUAUGGCAGAAUUAAAUCAACAUACAUAUGUA